AUGGGUAAAAUCACGAAACUGGUAGUUUGUGGACCAAUCGGUUCUGGAAAGACUUCUCUUAUUGAACACUGUAUAUACGGAAACUAUUUUGAAAGGCAAACUGACGACUUCAUUUCAACUUAUGAAGAUACAUACAAUGCCGUUGUCGAGACAGAUCGUGGUUCCAAAGAAAAAGUUCGAAUUUAUGACCUUGGGGGGAUGACUAAAUUGAAAAAACAUUUUGUGAGUUGUGCCGAUGCAUUUAUUCUAGUAUAUGAUGUAAGCGAUUCCAAAUCUUUCGGUGCCGUUCAAAAUAUAAAACAAGACAUUGAUAAAUAUCGCGAAAAACGUGAUCUAUGCAUCGUACUUUGCUGUCAUAAAGUUGAUAAACCGAAAGAUACAACUUUAGAUUCUACUGAAGUUUCUCGAUGGUCUCAAUCGGAAAAAGUGGCAAAUACGUUUGAAACCACUGUCUAUGACCGCCAAUCACUUAUGAAUCUAUUCACAUGGACUGUAUCCCGUGUUAAUCAAUCUCAAAGUAAAUCAGGAUUUUCUUUCGGUAAAAAAGAUGAACCAGCUCAUAUACUAAUACCUGCACAACCAUAUUUUAAUGCACCUAAUCAAAAUAAUGAUAAUACAACUUCAUGCGCUAUUGGUCCAUGUACAUAUAUUUUAUCAAUAUCUGCUAAUUAUUUAAUAUCUGGUCAUAUGAAUGGUUGGUUAAUUAUUUGGUCAACUGAAAAAUAUCGUCCUGUACGUCAAUGGGCUGGACAUAAUGGAUAUCAAAUUACAAGUUUACAUUUUUGGCCUCGAAAUACUACUACUACUGGUGUAAUAAUAUCUCAUGGUCGUGAUGGUUUUAUUCGUUUUUGGGAUUUAAGCACAUUACAAUUUGAUAUGACUAAACUCUUUAAACCUCUUGAUCAAAUUUUCAGUGAAAUUCAUACCUAUGAUAUUUCAUUUUGCAAUUCUGAUUUAUGGUGUUGUAAUGGCGGCAAUCGUUCAACGGACAUCUAUUUCUUAGCACAUUUAUGUCAAGAAGAAAAAGACAAUGAUGAUAAUAAUAAUAAUGAUUGUUCAACAUCCAAUAAUAAAGAACCAUUUAUUGAAAUCAUUCAACUACCACAAUUUGUAUUUAUUUGUCAACAGCCAAUUCAUACUAUUCAAUCUACUUGUCAAAAUGUUACAAAUCUAGGCAUGUGUAUGACAUUAAAAGGAAUUGAAAACACCUAUCCAACUAAUCGGAUACAUUCUCUACUUUUAGCCGGUUUCGAAUCGGGUCACUUAAUUUUACUUGGUAAUAAUGGUCGAGUAUUAAGUGUGCUCAGCUAUCCACUAGGUCAAUCUAUUCCUAUUAUGACACUUUCUAUUCAACCUGUAUUUAAACAACAAUUAUGUCAGCCGAGUACAAAUCCAAUGCAAAUCACUGAUGUCAAACUCAUUGCUUUAGGAGGACCUAGUGUGGACACGUGUGAUACAGACACGUCAAUCGAUGGAAGCAUAGCUUUUGUCCAAUUGGAAUUCAAUGCUCAAUUGCCAAAUUUGUUUAAAUUAUCCAAAAUCCAUCAAUCACUUGAUAAUAAUAAUAAUAAUAAUGAUCUUACUGGUAUUUCAUGUCUUCAAUGGCGUGAUGAUGGUCGUCUGCUAGCAAUUGGUCAAUGGGAUGGUCGAAUACGUUUGAUGAAUGUACAAUUGAAAAAUAAUCGAUUUAAAUUAAAAUCUUUAGGUUAUCUAACUAGUUUAGGUAGUUUAAAUGAAGGAAGUUUAAUUGGUGAAUGGAGUUCUACAACAUUAACCCAACCGCAUGGACCUAAUAUUGAUCAACAGUCCAGACUGAUUCGAUCGUGUACAUUUACAAAACAAUUUAAUUUCCUUAUUACAUCUGUUCCAGCGAAUGUUGGAGCUUUAGGUAGUUUACUUGUAUGGGAUGUUUAUCGAUAGAUAGAUAGAUGUUUUUUGUACAUUUCAUUUAUGUAUAGUGGUUUUUAUUUUUUUUAAAGAAAAAAUUCCUAUGAAAUACAAAAGCAUGUAUUAUUUUUGUUAGAAGGAUUACUUUAUUUUGUUCUGUUGACAUCGUUGAUUCUAUUUUUUCAAAUAUG